UGUUUACAUUUUGCGUUUGAUACACAAUAAUAAUUGUAUUAUUUUUAUGUAGAAAUAAAAAUGAGAAUUAAAUAAUUAAUAUAAUAAUGUGUAUUACAGUUUAUUUGUGCAGACAUUUGAAGAUUCACAUUUGACCCAGCUGGAGCUUGACUAUUUACGACCCAUAUUUAAGAAGAUUUUCCACCAUCAUGGAGUAUUCAUUUAAAACCUGCCUCACUUGCCUCUGCAAUUCCGAUGAGGCACACAAUCUCAAUGAGAUACUUUUGGAAAACUUAACAAUUUUGGAAAUACUGUUUAAAAUUGUGCCACCCCUAUUGGAAAAUCAAAUCUUAACACUCACACAAUGGAUAUGUAUUGAUUGUUUGGAUAAAUUGGUUUUAGCUUAUAAGUUUCAUCAACAAUGUUUGGAAUCGGUCAGUUGUUUAAAACAGGAUCAGGGAAAUGUUUGCAAUAUCCCCACCAACAUGUUUCCAUUCGAUGAAAUUCCUAUGGAUAUUAAAGAAGAUCCCGAUAGAUCAAUAUAUCAAGGUGAAGCUGAGGCAGACAGAAUAUGCGUUAAGCAGGAGAUUCAGGAAAAUAGCAAUGAUAAAUUCUAUUUGUUAAAAGAAAAAUACAUGAAAAAAUCUUUAAAACGUAGAAAAUUAAAGCAGCCUAAGUGCAAUUUUAUUUGCCUGCAUUGUGCGAAGAGUUUCUGCAGUUUAAAACGUUUGGCGGAGCAUAAAUUAAAAUGUACAAAUAAUGCUAAAGAAGAUGUUCAUAUAAAUAAGAAUUCCUAUAAAUAUAAAUGUUCUCAAUGUCCUAAAUCGUUUGAAAAACCAACAUCCUUCGCAGCACACUAUAGAAUACAUAAAAGACAGAUUGAGCCAAAAAGUACUAAAAGCGACAAAGUUAAGCAGGCUUUGAAUGAAGAGGAUUGGGAAGAAUUAGAUGGUUCUAUAAUUAUGGAUGAACGAGAAUUUUUAACGGAAACUGAGGAGGAGUCUCAAGAUGAUGAAUUAGACAACUCAAAAGAGACAAAAGAGAAAGAAAUAACAAAUACUGAUUCUGGAAAUAGCAUCAACAAGAAAGUAAAGAAAACCAAUGGCAGUAAUAUAAACAAACUUAAAUAUGCUUGUGAUAAAUGCGAAAAAGUAUUCAAACGUCCUUAUUGUCUAACACGUCACAGUAGGGUGCAUUCCGCAGAUCGACCUCAUGAAUGUAAAGUUUGUACAUAUCGCUUUGCCUGUCUUAACACUCUAAAGAUUCAUAUGUUUAAGCAUAAAAAAGAAUCAGGCCAAUUAGACACACCCACACCCCCUAAGGGCAUUAAGUGUCCUGUAUGCCCACGACGUUGCCGUAAUAGAGGAACACUUGCCAUGCAUCUGUUAGAACACAAACAUAAGAAAAACUAUUAUUCCUGCAUGGUAUGUGAGUUCAAUUUUACCACCAAAAAAAAUUUAACUACUCACACAAUCAGCCAACAUCCUGAGGUGGAAAAACUUAAAUGUGACGAAUGUGAAAAGAUAUUUGUUGUACGCGCCCAUCUAGAGGAACACAUAAAACGGCAUAAAGACCAGGAAAAUCUAAUAUGUUUGAUGUGUGAUAAAGAAUUUCGCAAUAAUGCGGCUUUAACGGAACACAUGCGUAUACAUAGUACGGAAAAUCCCAAUCUAUGUCCUAAAUGUGGUAAAACAUUUUGCAGUAAAAGUAGUCUGAUUCAACAUAUGGAACGGCAUUUGGAUUUGAAGAAAUACCAGUGUCCCGAAUGUCCCACUCGUUUUAAUUGCAAAUCGGAUGUAAAGAAGCAUUUGCCAACGCAUUCAAAGGUUAAGGCACAUGUCUGCGAUAUAUGUGGGUCAAGUUUUACUCGAGCAUGUACCUUAAUCAAUCACAAAAUGACACAUUUGGGAUUGCGUUCGUUUAAGUGUAGUGAGUGCAGUAUGACUUUCACAGCACGUAAAACUAUGUUACGUCACAUGCGUACCCAUACUGGGGAGAAACCCUACAAAUGUAAAUAUUGUGAACGGGCCUAUGCUCAAAGUAACGACUUAACAAAACACUUGAGAACACAUAUCGGUGAGAAUACCUAUAUGUGUGAACAAUGUCCUAUGUCGUUUAAAUUUUAUGGCGAAUUAAAAAACCACAAAAUUGAACAUUUUAAAAAGGCGGAAGCGGAAAAAUCUAAUCUAGAACAAGAACAACAAAAAGAUGCUGCAACAUAAUUAAUAUUAAGAAAUAUACAUAUGUAUAAAAUUUGCAAAGUUUUUAUAAAAAAUAUUUAAUACAUUUAUUUAAAUGUAUUAUUACAAUUAGGAUUUACUAUAUUUUAUAUUAUUGCGAUCUUUUUAAAGAUAAAGAAAUAUAUUUGUUUACCUUUAUU